UUUCUCUUAAUAAAGGAUUCCUGUUGGAAGAGCUAUUCCAAGAGUUCUGUCUUCUUAAGAUGCAAAGUGGGGUGGGUCCUUACAUUAACUGAUCAUCACUGUGCAUCCAUCAGGCCGUUUAGGUUCACUAUGUGGGUGUUCAGUCAUUCUCAGAAAGAAUAAGCAGUUAUGCCUGCAUUGUGCUGAUCAUAGACUUCAGUUAACAUUAGUACUGUUACAGUAUUAAGGAAUGCCUCGUUGCCACAAAACUACAGAAAGAAAUAGGAGGAAUUGUGCACUUUUUUGCAGCAUUUGUUUUAAUUACAAGAAUUCAGAGUCUUUCUUAUCAGAUUUCAGUGCUGUAUCCUUUGGGAUAAUAAAAAAUCCUUAAGCAGCCUUCAAGAUAAUUUGAGCUUAACACUGCUGCUCUAAAAUAUAUUGCCUCAUAAAAAUAACAUUGAUGAGCAAUUCACACUUAAAACAAUGAAUAAAGCCUAGUUCUUAUUCUUUCAACAUACAAAUCACUCAGAUUACUGUUAACUUUUUGGAGGAAAAAUAAGAGACUAAAUUGGAAUACAUAAUUACUUUUAUUUUUCAGGUAACAUUAAUGCCUGGUUCAUACACUAUAUUCAGAGUAAGAUUAUUACCAAAAGAACUUGAAGGGAUCCAUGAUGGAGCUAUACAAAUCACAACAGAUUAUGAGAUCUUAACAAUUCCUGUGAAGGCUGUCAUUGCUGUAGGCUCCUUAACUUGCUCUCCAAAACACAUUCUGCUUCCACCUUCCUUUCCAGGCAAGGCAGUUCAUCAAAGUUUGAGUCUUAUGAAUUCUUUCUCACAGAAGGUGAAAAUACAACAGAUCCGAUCAUUAUCAGAAGAUGUUCGGUUUUAUUACAAGAGAAUACGAAGUAACAAGGAAGAUCUAGAACCAGGGAAAAAAUCAAAGAUAGCUAAUAUUUAUUUUGAUCCUGGUUUACAGUGUGGAAACCACUGUUAUGUAGGUUUGCCUUUUCUGAGUAAAUCUGAAUCAAAAGUACAGCACAGUAUAUCAAUGCAAGAAGAUGCAUGGGAUUCAGAUUGGGAGUUGCAUGAUAAUUUAUUCAGAGAAUGGAUUGGAAUAAGAGAUUAUUCAAACAAUCAGUGAGUUUAUUUUAAAAUAUAGUAACUUUUGAGU